CUGGCUCUAAUUUCACAACAGGAAACGGAACGAGACGUAACAUCCGGUCCGACCGCGCGAUCCGAAAAUGGCGGCCGUGGCGGAGAAAUCAACGAAAGAAAGACUUUUGUCUGUGUUGGACGACUUGGAGGUUUUAUCACGGGAGUUGAUCGAGAUGUUGGCUCUGUCCAGAUCUCAGAAGCUACCUCAGCCCGGAGACGACACGCAGAUCAUUGAUCUGCUGGUGCAGAGGGACACGGAGUUCCAGGAGCUGAUGGAGGUGGCCCAGCAGCAGGGGAAGGUUCACCAGGAGAUGCAGCUGCUGGAGAAGGAGGUGGAGAAAAGAGACAGCGACAUCCAGCAGCUCCAGAAGCAGCUGAAGGAGGCCGAACACAUACUAGCCACCGCUGUUUACCAGGCAAAAGAGAAACUUAAGUCUAUAGAAAAAGCCCGGAAAGGAAGCAUUUCAUCAGAGGAAAUCAUCAAAUACGCUCACCGAAUCAGUGCCAGCAACGCCGUGUGUGCUCCACUCAACUGGGUGCCAGGAGAUCCACGCAGACCUUAUCCCACCGACCUGGAAAUGCGCAGCGGGAUGCUGGGUCACAUGGCAAACCUGCCAUCCAACGGUGUGAACGGACACCUGCCAGGUGAUGCUCUGGCUGCAGGACGGUUACCAGAUGUCCUGACACCUCACUACCCAUGGCAAUCUUCAGACGUCUCUGUUGGGAUGCUGCCUCCUCACCAUGGUAAUGACUUCGGCUUGGAGCCCCCCGGUCACAACAAGGAGAACGAGGAUGAUGUGGAGGCCAUGUCCACCGACUCAUCCAGCAGCAGCAGUGAUUCAGACUAAAAGUGUGUGUGUGUGUGUGUGUGUGUGUGUGUGUGUGUGUGUGUGUGUGUGUGUGUGUGUGUGUGUGCUCAGUGAUCACAUGGUUAAAUCUGGUGUAAACAUGAACAUACUCAGCUUUGUAAAUAAACAUCUUUUGAAUAGA